GAUGCCCAACUCCCAUAAAGCAAAAGUACCACCACCAGCCCGAUCCGUCUCAACAUUAUGAUAAUCCCUCUGGCGCUCCAUAGUAAGCUCGCUUGUCGUGCGUCUGAACGCUUUUGAUCACAGAUCACGCGGAAGCGUUGUAUAGGCACCAGAUCUAUUCAGGUAUACACAAUCACACGUGCAAAUAUUACCACAUCACAUGAAAAGUCGAGUCAAUUCAUUAACAAGACCACUUCGCCAAGACAGUAAAGAUGGCAGGACCCUCUAACAAAGUCAACAAGCCAAGGCCAAGUUUUAGAGCCGUGCAGAAACAGAAAAGAGAAGAACAAAAACUCAACCCAUCCGUAGCCAAAAAGAGGAAAGGAUCUUUCUCUGGCGGCAUGUCAAAACACAGACGAGCAAAAGGCAUCGUGAAGAAAAGAAAGGUGAACGUCAGCACGAAUUCAACACCUUCGGGAAAGAAACUCCGUAAGCUGCUCAAGGCAAGACUACGAGGUGAACGGGAAGCUAAUGAAAUGCAAGUUGCAAUAAUAUCGCAAGGGAACCAGCGACAGAAGAACAGCCGAUCAAGGAAAGCCAAAACACCAGUAGACACUGAUGGAGGCGGUGAAGACGUAGAAAUGAAAGAAAUCUUAUCUUAAACUAAAGUGACCUUCAGUUGAUGAAACAUUGUGUGUCGAUUGAACGAACUAAAUCCCGGUUGAUAAUUCCUGCCAUUGCAAAAAAGCGAUACGAAUUUUGACGUCACAUCUUUGUUUUCUUGAGGCGAAUGAUUCGCAGGUUGAAAUGGUGGGCAACUCUUCUGAAGUAGGCCCUAUUUGUUGCCAAUUGUGGCGUCAACAUUCGGAUCGCAUUUGGGCUUGACGACCAGAUUUUAUUUUUAACAUCCCAUAUAAUAUUUGCAUCUCAUGUGAGUCCGUAUUCAAUUUGGCGAUUCGGCUAAGGCCGUGUCCGAAUUGGCGACUUCGGCUACAGCUACGGCUAGGGCGCGCGUGUCUGCUAUUCUUCAACACUGACAGACGCGCUGAUCUAACCGUAGCUGUAGUCAAAGUCGCCCAUUCGGACACGGCCUUAGACUGGUGUGGAUCAGACGUCUUAUAACUCAACGGGUGAUGACGGGCGUUCCCGGGCAGCGUUCCUGCCAGCUGUAGCCGUAGCUGUCGGCGGCUUGACUCCUAAGACGACUCGCAGAGAACUUCUGAUGAGGGAUUUUUUAUCAACGAAUCAUGGAGUA